CUCUGCAGAGAUCUGAGCACCUGAGUGUUGCAGCUGGUGGGUUUUGUCAGCCUUUCUCCUUCCUUCAGCAAAUGAGAUGGACAAACUGUGCUCUAAAAAUCAGCUCCGACUCUUUUGUAGUUUGAAGGUAUGAGAAAUGAGUGUUGGACGCAGAAGACUAAAGCUGCUGGGAAUUCUGAUGAUGGUAAACAUUUUCAUCUAUGUGAUUGUGGAAGUUUCCAAGAGUGGCAGCCAGGAGAAGAAUGCCAAAGGACGCGUUAUCAUACCACACAGCAAGUUCUGGAGGAAGUACACCCCUCACAAAGCUUACUGGAAUAAGCAGCAGCAGAAGCUGGAGCUGCUCUACAACCCUAUUCUGUCCAUGCUUUCCAAUAUGACGGUGGAAGAGAACUUGAUUGCUAACUCCAGCGUUCUCAGCUCCUGCGAGCCCGACCCGUGGGUGACGUCGGAGGUCAGUGACUUUGCAAACUUACCCGAACGAUUUAAAGAUUUCCUGCUGUAUCUGAGGUGCAGAAAUUACUCGUUGCUGAUGGAUCAGCCGAACAAGUGCAAACACAAACCCUUCCUGCUGCUGGCUAUCAAGUCCCUGACGCCACACUUCGACAGGAGGCAGGCGAUCCGGGAGUCCUGGGGCAGGGAAAUACACUCGGGGGAUGUAACCGUCAGAAGGGUCUUCUUGCUCGGGCAGACCCCGCCAGAAGAUAAUUUCCCUGAUCUUUCAGACAUGAUAAAAUUUGAGAGUCAGACCCACCAAGACAUUCUCCUCUGGAACUACAGAGACACUUUCUUCAAUUUGACUCUGAAAGAGGUGCUGUUUCUCAAGUGGGUCAGCAGCAGCUGCGCAGACGUCCAGUUUAUUUUUAAGGGGGAUGAUGAUGUUUUUGUGAAUACCCAUCAGAUCCUGGAUUACUUGAAGAGCUUAUCAAAGGACAAAGCCAAAGACUUGUUUAUAGGUGAUGUGAUCAAAGAUGCUGGACCUCACAGAGAGAAAAAAUUGAAGUACUACAUCCCAGAAAGUGUUUAUGAAGGUUCGUAUCCUCCCUACGCAGGCGGUGGUGGGUUUCUGUACUCGGGUGAUCUAGCACUGAGACUGAAUAACGCGUCUGACCAGGUGCUCCUGUAUCCUAUCGAUGACGUUUAUACUGGAAUGUGCCUUCAGAAGCUGGGCCUUGCUCCGGAAAAACACAAAGGCUUCAAAACGUUUGAUAUCGAAGAGAAAUACCGAAAUAACAUAUGUUCCUACACAAACUUAAUGCUGGUACAUAGUAGAAAACCUCAAGAAAUGAUAAAGAUCUGGACACGCUUGCAAGAUCCACACCUAAAUUGUUGAAGUGAUGUGUGUAAGUGUUCUAAGUCCAAAUAACUUCCCAAGUUCGGGUCUGCCUUGGUGAACCUCUGAAGCACCGCUUAAUUUUCAGCUUUUUUUUUUUCCAGAAAAGUUUUUCCAGGGCUUCUGGAAGUGAGAAUAAUACUGAAAGCUGAGGGGAUGGCAUGAAGACUUGGUCCUGAUUAUUUUCCACUGUUCUAGUGGUCAUUAUGUUUCAAUAUUUGCCUAAAUUAAAAAAGAAAAAGAAAGAAAAUGUCAAAGAUGUAACUAGUGGCCCUGGAUUGGUUAGCUAGACUGGAAGMAGGAAUUGCCUACGACAGGUUCAGUAAUUGUGAUGGUGGGAGCUGGUUUUUCCCUUUGUAACGUUUGCUUGGGGGUGAGUGAAGUGCCACUGGGAAUUGCAGGUGGCUUUUUCUUUUAAUUUAUUUCUUUUUUUUUUAAGUGUAUGGGUUUUGGUCUUUUUGCACCCCUGACCAGUAUUUUCUCCUUUGCCAGCGCUCAGUUGUGCAAAGCGUGCCGGCGUCCCAAGGAUCUCCCCUAAAAGGAUUUAUUGGAUGAUGCUUCUAUUUCUUUUUUGCACUAGGAAAAUAAAGUAUAAUAUAGUUUCAACCGCCCUAUAAAAGAUAAAAGCUGAAGAUAAAAGGGGAAAGAAGAGAUUUUGCUUUGGGCUGGUUUAAUAACUGACAUUGCCCCCUACUCCUGAGGGCACGGCCGGGAGCUCUCCUCUGAAGUGGUGGCAAAGCCAGAAUUGUGCAGAUCCUGCAAGUUUCGAGUUUGGAAACGGUUUCUGCAGUUGCAUGAUGUCUCAUGUAGGUUAAACAUGUUCUCAAAACUCAGAUUUAUUUUCCUGUUUUCCACAUCUUGCUUAAGAGUUAUUCUAAAUAGUGAUUGCUUCCUUUGUAUAUGUAGAAGUGCCUGUCUAUUUAUUGUUCAGAUUAAAGACCAAAACAUUUUCUUAAA